AUGGCGCAGUUGCUGAGGUGGACCAGAGGUCUACUCAGACGAAGCCCAUUAACUCCUUUACAAUUCCCAACGACUGGCUUCAAAGCCGUCCCCUGGACCAAAGUACUCGAAGAGGAACAUUAUGACGAGUUCAAGGCUGGUAACUACUGUCCGAUCAAGAUUGGCGAUGUAUACUCAUCCUACCAAAUACUGGGCAAGCUAGGAUUUGGAUCAACCUCGACAGUUUGGCUUGCUCGUAACUUACAGAAUCGUGGAUAUUGUGCUUUGAAAGUGUUUACACGAAAUCAUGGCGGGGCCUGCCAAAAUGAACUUCGGAUCUAUGAGGCCAUAAACAAAGCAAAUCCUUCACAUCCUGGGCAUCCGCACAUCAGGACUGCGGAGGGAAUGUUUGCCAUAGAACGACCAGGGGGUGAUCAUCAGUGUCUUGUCCAAGCGCCGAUGUGGGAUAGCUGGAGGGACCUUCUGUAUAGAAACCCAAGCGGCAGAUUUUCCGUGGCGCUUCUGAAGGGCGGUUUACGGCAUCUCCUACUGGCCCUUGAUUAUCUUCACACAGAGUGCAGGCUUGUUCAUACAGAUAUCAAAGCGGACAAUAUACUGCAUGCAAUUGCCGAUGAAGGUAUUCUCAAGUCCUUUGCCAACGAGGAGAUGGAAGCACCGUCCCCCCGAAAAUAUGUCAACGGUGUUCCCGUCUACAUGUCCAGACGAUUCGGCCUGCCGGAAGACUUUGGCAGAAUCAUACUGAGCGAUUUUGGCGAGGCCGUUAAUGGAGAUAGGAAGCGGAACCACAACGCGCAGCCUGAUGUGUAUAGGUCACCAGAAGUUAUGCUCCAAGCUGCGUGGAGCUACCCGAUAGAUAUAUGGAACGUCGGUGCCAUGGUCAGUCAGCCUUAUCGGUACCUUGGAGGAACCCAUGACGGAAUCUGGGAUGUAUUCGAGGGCGGCCACUUAUUUUAUGGCAUAGACCCUAGCCCGAAGAAGGGCUAUUACACCACCAGGGCCCAUCUGGCAGAGAUAAUCGGGCUUCUCGGCCCACCACCUUUAGAUCUACUCCGAGAAGGUGUCCGAAGCAAAGAGUUUUUCUCCGAUGAUGGUAAAUGGAUCGCGGAUUGCCCAAUUCCAGAGGGUAAAAGUUUGGAGAAGGCAGAGCUGAUCCUCAAGGGGAGGAACAAGGAAAUGUUCCUGAACUUCAUAAGAGGGAUGUUGACAUGGCGACCGGAAAACCGCAAGACAGCGAAAGAGUUGCUGGAGGAUCCAUGGCUGAAGACCUGGGAGAUACCUGAUUAG